AUGACGACGCUGUCCUCCCCCGUGCGCGGCCUCGGGAGCGUGAACCUUCUCGACGACGACGCGGCGAGACCGCCGAUGGGCUUGGACGGCGCGGACCGCCCGCCGUGGAUGGACGCGGAGGACGGGACGGACCCGUACGGCGACGACUCGUCCCCGCGAAGGGGCGGGCCUCUGAUGGGCGCCGCGAGGACGGGCCCGCGGCGGACGCGCGACGACGCGCUGCGCUUCGCCGCGAGCGCGGCGAGCGCGCAGGGGGCGUCGAUGCUGAAAGAGAGCUCCGCGCGCGGGACGGGGAUCGGGAACGCGCCCGCGACCGGGGGAUCGUCCCGGCGCGGCGGCGAUCGCGCGGGCGCGAGCGACGAGCACAACCACUACGAGGUGUUCCCCAGGCAGGGCGCGAGGAAGCCCGCGUUGCUGCUUCAGCUCGAGAGCCUCCUUCAGGAGAAACUUCGGCAGACGGGGAAACUCGCGGAGGCGAAGACCGGGCGGUGGGGCGCGGCGUCGCACGAGCCCAUCGAGGACGCGUACGACCCUUCCGGCGUGCUCGCCUUGGAGGCGCAUCGCCAGACCUUCGAGGCGUUCAUCAACGCGUUCGCGACGUACCGUCCGCUGCUCGAGAAGGUGAAGGACCACUACGACCGAGCGUUAGACGCCGCGCUGAAGACGGAGCACGAGAACGUGUUCCUGCGGUCGGAGCUCGCGGCCGUGGAGCGUCGGAAAGCGAAGGCGAUCGAGUCCGCGCGCGCAGAGGCGAACGCGAAGGCGGCGAACGCGCGCGGCGAUCUCGCGCGUCGCGCCGUCGUCGCGGAGGAGGCGGUGGCGGCGGCGGCGAAGGCGGUCGCCUCGAGAGACGCCGAGAUCGAAGCGCUGAGAGCUCAGGUCGCGGCGUUGACGAGAGAGCGCGACGACGCGGUCAAGGAGAGGGGGAUCAUGCGGGAUAAGGCCCUCGCGGACGCGAGCUGGUCGAGCACGCCGGCGACGGAGCGACUGAGCGAGAUGACGCUUCCGCCCGUGCCCCCGCACUUCCAACGCGCGGACGUGAAGCUCGAGGACGGCGAGGGCGGGUUGCGCGCGCACGUGGACGGCGACGAGGAGGAGGCGGCGGAUGCGGCGGAGGAGGAAGCGGGCGUCGUCGCUGAGGAGGCAGCGGAGGAGGAGGGGGAGGGCGACGAGGAGAGGGCGCCGGAAGAGGCGGGCGACGCCGCGGAGUGA